AUGACCUUAACGAAAGAGAGCUUCCACAGGGUUCCUCCACCCGCUUCUGAAGUGGCCAAGGCUGAUAUGGACUGCACCGGAGAGAAGGAGGAGGCUCUGGGGCAGUCAGUGCUGAGGACUGGAGCAGUGGUGCCCGGGAGGCGAGCGGUGGGAAGGCUGGUCAUGCACAGCAUGGUGAUGUUUGGCCGGGAGUUCUGCUAUGCCGUGGAGGCCGCCUUUGUCACGCCGGUGCUGCUCAGUGUAGGGCUGCCCAAGAACCUCUACAGCCUGGUGUGGCUCAUCAGCCCUAUCCUGGGCUUCGUGCUGCAGCCCGUGGUAGGUUCAGCCAGUGAUCACUGCACCUGUAUCUGGGGCAGGAGGCGACCUUACAUUCUGGGUCUAGGCAUCAUAAUGCUGUUAGGCAUGGCUUUGUACCUCAAUGGGGACGUGAUGAUCUCAGCUUUCAUCGAUGAGAAUGAAAAGCGGCGGACGUGGGCAAUAGUCAUUACCAUGCUGGGAGUAGUGCUUUUUGAUUUUGCAGCUGAUUUUAUUGAUUGCCCCAUCAAAGCGUAUUUAUUUGAUGUCUGCUGUCAUCAGGAUAAAGAGAAGGGUCUGCAUUACCACGCCCUCUUUACAGGUUUGGGAGGAGCCCUGGGUUACCUGACAGGUGCUAUGGAUUGGAGUCAGACUGUACUAGGAUAUUCCUCGGCAUCAGAAUUCCAAGUGAUUUUCCUCUUCGCAGCCUUGGUUUUCAUAAUCUGCCUUACCGUGCAUCUGUGCAGUAUUCCUGAAGUCCCACUCAGAUACAAAAAUGAAGAGGCAAAGUUCUUGUUGGAAGUGACUGAACCCCAUAAAUAUAGCUCCACAGAGGACGAAAUCAAGAAUGGUUACUUAAAAUCAACAUGCACUGAAAUAAAGGCUGCAGCUAAACCAGGGAAAUGCACAGUUGUGUCACAGGUAAGUGCAGAGGAUCAAAGGCAGAUGACCCUUAAAUCACUCUUGAAGACACUUUUAAGCAUGCCAUCCCACUAUCGCUGUCUGUGCGUCAGCCACCUCUUUGGAUGGAUGGCUUUCCUAUCCAACAUGCUCUUCUUCACGGAUUUCAUGGGACAGAUUGUAUACCAAGGUAAUCCUUAUGCACCUCACAACUCCACACUUUACCUUACCUACAAAGCAGGAGUAGAGAUGGGAUGCUGGGGACUGUGCAUCAAUGCAAUUUCUUCAUCAGUCUAUUCUUAUGUGCAGAAAGUUCUUCUGCCAUACAUAGGAUUAAAAGGACUUUAUUUCAUCGGAUACCUCCUUUUUGGACUGGGUACUGGAUUAAUUGGCUUGUUUCCCAAUGUCUAUUCCACUCUGGCUCUGUGUUCACUCUUUGGAGUCAUGUCCAGCACACUGUACACAGUGCCAUUCCACCUCAUUGCAGAGUACCACAGGGAAGAAGAGAGCCUGAAGCUGCAGGAUGGGGAACAAACAGGAGAGCACGGACGAGGGAAGGGCAUUGACUGUGCUGCUCUCACUUGCAUGGUCCAGCUUGCCCAGAUCAUCCUUGGUGUGGGCCUGGGGCUCUUGGUUAGUGUUGCUGGCAGCGCCGUCACUGUGAUUUCGGCGUCCAUGGUGGCUCUGGUCGGCUGCUGCUUUGUUGCUUUCUGUGUUCGUUAUGUGGAGUAGGACUGUGAGAAGUGACUGGAAGAAAUCUCCCCAGGGGAGUGUUUUCUUUCUGGGUCCGGAGCACUGGUGCUGUUGCUGUGCUGAUACUGCUGGCACAUCCUCCUCUCUUACCUCCUUGGAUCAGUUGCAAUUCCAGAGCUUUAUGAAACAGAGAUUUGAUAAAACUGGUUGCCUAACGCCUCAGAUGCAUACACACACCCAGUGUAUUCACAUGCUGUGACAUGUGACAGCAUGUCUGCCAGUGGUAUUUUGAUGCCCUACAUGAGGAGUCAUUACGAAACUGCUCAUUACCAAUUUGUGGAAGUUAAUAGAUGAAGUAUGUGAUAAAUUGAAGUAAUGUAAAAGGACAGAGUUGGGAAGAAAGUUAUUAUUUAUCUUGUUUUUCAGGUGUUUUAAGUUUGGGGCUGUUCCCUCCUGUAGUCAAAACCUGCAAGAGGAUCAAGCAGGUGUCGAAGGGCAAGCAGGGUGCAUCUGUGUUAUGAUUAGUACUGCUAAAGGGGAUCAGUUAAUUAUCAGCCAUGGUUAAAAGCAGGUUUGGGUGUGAAAAAUGUUUGGAAUAUCAAAAAGAUUGAAGCCAAUUGUUUAAAAACAUAAUUGUAAAGUAAUUAUUAAGUACUGGAUCCUGCUGCUUCUGUAUAAAUGACAUGGAACUACUAGUUAGGCUUAUCAGGAAAGUCUGCCUAAGUCUGUUCUGCAAGUCCAUGUGUAGGCACCUAAAAAAUCUGUCUAUGGGGAACAGCUGCCAUUUCUUCCUUUUUUAAAAACUGGCCUCUCAAUUUUGAUACUGUAAUUGAAAAAAUAAACUUUUUAAAAACUGGUCUCUCAAUUUUGAAAAAUUGAGAAAUUGAAAAAAUAAAUAAUUGAAAAAAUAAACUUGGCCAAAGUAAGAAUUUGAUGAAUGGUUGAAAGCCACUUAAAUCUUGACAUUGGAUAUGAGAAGUAUUUACCUUAAAGUAGCAUCUCUAUUUUCUCUAUUUUCUUCAUGCAUCUAGCUUUGAGUGAAAUGGCAUUUGCUCUUUACAGAAUAUUGUAAAUAAAUUCAGUUCUGCAAAGCACUAUCAGGAAUUACUGUACAGUAAAUAUGUAAGCCCAGUUGUUUGUAUUUAAUUGCUUAUGAAGCUUCAUUCUUAUUUUUAUAAUAUUGCCAGAGUUUUGGAAAUCCUGUAUUUGUGAAAGUUAUAUACUGUAUUUAUGCUGUGCUUCCUCUGUCCUGA